GUGGGAGAGACAGACGGAUAGAACAGCAGUGGGAGAGAGAGAAGCGCCGCAGAGGGGAGACAGAGGGAGGGAGGGUGAGGGGGAGAGGGAAAGUGUAGGGGAGAGCAGAAAGGGAGAGCGAGCAGAGAGAGGGGAGGAGGAGAAAGCACGGCUGUCGGAGAGGGCGCGGAGCGGAGCCGGAGCGCGGAGGGAAGGGGCGAGGGCAGGGGGAGCAGAGGCGGAGCCGGGCAGCAGGCGCCCGCCCGCAAUCCGGGAUCCCAGGGCGCUCUAAGCUCUCGGUUCGGCGACGCACCGGCGCUUGCACGGGAGGUGGCGCGGGCGCCAGGGCUCAGCCGAGCGCGCAGGUGCCGGCCCGGGAGGUGGCGCGGGGCUCCGGGGUGGCCGCGCGCCCCCCGGGGGGCCAUGGCGGCGGGGACUGGGGGGCGCGGGGCGGCGGCGGCGCCGAGGGGCUGAGCGGGCGGCGCCAUGGCGGCGCCGGGGUGCGGGCCCUGAGGGCCGGCGGCGGGCGCGCACCAUGAACUCGUGGGACGCGGGCCUGGCGGGUCUGCUGGUGGGUACGAUGGGCGUCUCGCUGCUGUCCAACGCGCUGGUACUGCUCUGCCUCCUGCACAGCGCCGACAUCCGCCGCCAGGCGCCGGCGCUCUUCACCCUGAACCUCACGUGCGGCAACCUGCUGUGCACCGUGGUCAACAUGCCGCUCACGCUGGCCGGCGUCGUGGCGCAGCGGCAGCCGGCCGGUGACCGCCUGUGCCGCCUGGCCGCCUUCCUCGACACCUUCCUGGCUGCCAACUCUAUGCUCAGCAUGGCCGCGCUCAGCAUCGACCGCUGGGUGGCCGUGGUCUUCCCGCUGAGCUACCGCGCCAAGAUGCGCCUCCGUGACGCCGCGCUCAUGGUGGCCUACACGUGGCUGCACGCGCUCGCCUUCCCCGCCGCCGCGGUCGUCCUGUCCUGGCUGGGCUUCCACCAGCUGUACGCGUCCUGCACGCUGUGCAGCCGGAGGCCAGACGAGCGGUUGCGCUUCGCCGUCUUCACGGGUGCCUUCCAUGCGCUCAGCUUCCUGCUCUCCUUCGUUGUGCUCUGCUGCACAUACUUCAAGGUGCUCAAGGUGGCCCGCUUCCACUGCAGACGCAUCGACGUGAUUACCAUGCAGACGCUCGUGCUGCUCGUGGACAUCCACCCCAGUGUGCGGGAACGCUGUCUAGAGGAGCAGAGGAGGCGGCGGCAACGCGCCACCAAGAAAAUCAGCACCUUCAUAGGCACCUUCCUCGUGUGCUUCGCACCCUACGUGAUCACCAGGCUGGUGGAGCUGUCCUCCGCGGUGCCCAUCAGCUCCCACUGGGGGGUGCUGUCCAAGUGCUUGGCCUACAGCAAGGCCGCAUCUGACCCGUUCGUGUACUCCUUGCUGCGACACCAGUACCGCAAGAGCUGCAAGGAGAUUCUGAACAGGGUCCUCCACAGGCGUUCCCUCCGCUCCUCCGGCCUCACCCGGGACUCCCACAGCCAGAACAUUCUUCCGGCCUCUGAGUGAAGGACGCUGCUGCUGCUGCUGGAGAGCUUGGAAUGAGACGGCUGGUGAGAAGAGGGGGCGGGAGGGCUUGGGGCGCCUGGGCGGACUCCACCGGCCGCCACCAUCCGGCGAGCCCAGGGAUUCCGGUUCCCUGUCUUCGGGGGAGGGGCUCCGAAGCCUGCUUCCUGCUUCCUCGAGGGCAGAUGUUGAACUGUCCCUGUUUAUCACCAAAGGAUGACCAAGGGACAUGCUGUGCGCUGGCUUUUCUCUUGGAGAAGCUCCUUUGAGCUCCUAGAGUCACCAGAGACUCCCCAGGAGUCACACCCCGUCCGGUCAUGAUCAAGGACACACAGUGCUGGUGGCAGGUGGGGAAGCAUGGCGUCCACCUGCUCACUAAGCCCUGGACGCUGGGCUCCAUGCUGAAGAAAAGUGGUGACCCCCGUGGGGCAUCAGUCACGCUGAGAGUGAGGCUGGCAGUGGCCCUUUAGCCCCACAUCUGGCAUGGCCACCCUUCUCCACAUGUCGUGGUGGCUGCCUUAACCCAAAUAUCGUUCAGCUGGAACUCACUGACUUGUGCUCGGCUGGGACCCUUGGGCCCCCACGUCCAAGGGGAAAAUGUUUGCCGACUAGUAUUGCCCAACUCUUGCUGACAAGUUGUCUUAGAAAUGGCUAUAUUGGAUUCAACUUUUAUCCCUCUCUUCCCUCCCCCUCCGCCCCAAAGCUAACAUUUGUGUGUGUAGACAAUCUUAGCAUGAAACUGGUUUAAAUAAGCAGUUAUUACUACAUGUAAUAAUGUUCUUUGAAGUCUGACCCGAAGUCACCUUCUUCUGAUUCACAUGUCAUAACUGUUGGAGCAAAGGAGAGGCAGAACUGACCUGAGCAGGGUUUUAGUCUUGAUUUUAAGGCACUGGAUUCCAUUAUCCUAAAGGUUCAAUAUCCUAGUUUCUGUAAGUCAUCAACACACAGUAGAGGCUUCCCAAGGUGAUCCAGAAAGUGCCCUGUGCCCAUGAUGGGAGAGUGAAAUUUUUAUUGAAAACCGUAACUCUAAAACAUAUGCCAAUUCACUAGCAGCCCCCGUCUUGAUUUAAUAAAAACCAAGGUGAGUGGACCUUGAAUUAAAUUAAAUGCUUUCUGCCCAUCCAUCUUUUUAUUUUUAUUUUUUUUACCAUUUCAAAUAUUGUGUGAAUGCUAAGAGCAGUUCUUUCUCUAUCCUCCACUCUAUGUGAUUCCUCCAGGGUGGAAAGGAUGGGAGCACAAGGCUUCGAGGGCUCAUUCUCUCCUUCCUGCUCUGCAAAGCCUAACUUUGGAAACAUAGAAGGGAGGACCCAUUUCAAUAGGGACCAACCAGGAAGAACCUGAAGUUUUUCACUGCCAGGUGGCCCCAGUGUUGAAAAACGAAGUGUGUGCGUGUUUGAAAAGAUGGCGUCUUAUUAACUUUAGCUCCUCUUUUAGAAAACGAAUCACUGAGCCUGGCCUACUCUUGUCUAGUUUCUAAGUUUGCAUGGAGACAGACAUAGCCUUUGAAGCCUUGCCACCUUCCCGUUGCAGCUGGAGGUGUGCUCACACCUGUUUGGAGGAGCCAAUGGCACACACACCCCUUCCCAAUUCUGUGUUCUGGGACAUAAGCUUGGUAGCUUGAAGUCAGCUGUGAUGGGCAUAUUUAUACCAAGAAAGUCAGUAAAGGCUACAAAUUGGGCCUUUUUCUCCACUGAGAGCUCAUUGCUAAACAGCUACCAGCACAUCACUGCCCAGACAGGACUUUGUGUGUUACUGAAACAGAACUGCUUGGAUUCAGAGCACAUCUGGCCACUCAAGUUUGAAUCACAACAGACAUUCCUUUCUGUGGCUCUUUCCUAGCGUCAGGCAGCUGUUCACCCUUCAUUGUCCCAACAUCAAAAGAACCAAUGAGGUCGAGGACAAGCACAGAGCCAGGAAAGUAAGCACAAUUGAGUCUGACCAUCUCCCUUUCACGCAAACACUCCUUGGGCAGCAGAGGCGUAGCGGCCCAGUGGAUGAGGUCAAUUGACAGUCAAGUUCAAACAAACAAAUACAUUUUCAUCCAUGUCAGGUUGGAGGAAUAACUGUCAUCUCUUCUUGCUCCCUCUGUGGAGGCAACAAGUUAUACUCCCGGAAGCAACUCUAUCCCUUUCACCUCUUCUUUAGUGAAAAAAUAAGAUCUGUCACCUACAGUGCCACAUGUCUUGCAAAGAUGCAUUUCAUAAAUUACACUGAACCUUAGGACUGCCAAAAAAACAAUAAAACCAGUUGUAUUGGCAUCAUGGUGACAACCCCCCAGAUAUGCCAGUCGGCUGGGUAUUUUCAUUAUUAUUUGAACACAGGCAUCAAAACCCUAGGAGGAGUGAGAAGAGAAUCGUUGCAUUGGCCAUCAGCGUCAACCAACUCUGCUAGAAUUACCUUUAGCUAAAUGUUUAUAUACAGUCCAUAAAAUUCUCCCCAGCUCCUUUAUUCCCAAGAGAAUUAUCUACCUCAUUUGGUAAUUUAUCAAACGUAACAUGGUAAUGUGGAUUUCUCAGGUAGAACACUUAGAAAUGUCCAGAUCAGCGUCUAUGUCAAGGGCCUGGGAUAACUUCCUUGACGUCAGUCUAGAAUAAGGCUUGAUGUUGAAGGCCCGAACUUGGGUAGACAGCUGGGCUUGGUGUGAGAGCAAUUUAAGAAGAUGGAAAAUAAAGCCUCAAUGGAGAGGCUCUCAAAUUCCUAAACCCACAUCCGGGGCUCAGUUUCUAGCCCUACCUGAUCUGAACUUGCAGGUUUCAACCCCAUCUGUGUUGGCUUUUGCAGUCACUCUGCAACUCUAGCUUUUCUUUAUGCUGCUUCUUAGAGGGGAUUUCAGGGCCCUGGGAGCCACUGAGGGAAAAGUGUUGUAGCAUUUGGGGUUUGUGUGUCUCCUGGUCCGCUGACCUCCCAAAGAUGCUUCCCUAAGAGCCUGCCUAUUUCUACCAUGAAGUUGGCUGGUGGGGGACGGGAAGUUGCCUUGACUCAUCUCACACCAACUGUACAUUCCUUCUAGGACUCAGCUCAGACUUCUGCCACCGUGAGCAAUAAACCUCUCUCCUCAU